ACAAGCAAAUGGGAGAAGUUGUGGGAUGGGUAGGGCCUAAUGAGACAGACAGAUCAACAAGCUAGAGAGCACACCAACCAAAGGCCUAUAAAAACACACAGACACACACACACACACACCGCUGGCUGCAUGGUGCAACAGACUGUUAGGAGUAGACACUCAGACACGUGUAGUCAUUCCAAAACGUAGCUGAUAGCUGUAUACUCACUGAGGUCCACUGUACUUACAUUUAGAUAGUAGAUUAGGGUGCCAUCCCAUACAAAUGGACAGGACAGAGUGAAGACGUGCAAAGAUUUUCUAAGAGACUUAAUCUGGCUAUUCAGCCAUGUCUGAUGCUGCACAGGAUCUGGAUGAGUUGUGUUAUCUCACAGCUCAGUGUAUGACGUCCAUGGUGACCUCAGAGCAUUUUCGAGUAAUCAAGAAGCUCGGAGAGGGGUCAUACGGCAAAGUCAUGCUGGCUGUGCACAAAAAGAGAGGCACGCCUAUGGCGCUGAAGUUCUUCCCUCGCUGCUCUACGACUCUGCACACCUUUCUGCGGGAAUACAACCUCUCCCUCUCCUUCUGUACUCAUCCCUCCCUCACACGUGCCCUUGGAAUCUUUUUCUCUACACCCUCCCACUAUAUCUUUGCCCAACAGGCAGCUCUCUAUGGAGAUCUCUACGAUAUCAUUGUGUCAGAUGUGGGGGUGAGUGAGCUGCAGGCUCAGAGUGUGAUGUCGCAGUUAAGUGGUGCUGUGUCUUACUUGCACUCCCUGGGCUUUGUGCACCGUGAUAUUAAACCAGAGAAUGUGUUCCUGUGUGCCCCAAACUGUCGCUGGGUCAAACUAGGUGACUUCGGUCUCGUACGUCCUCGUGGAACAAAAGUGCGUGCUGUCUGGUACGAAUCCCCUUUCUGUGUGCCUGAGGUAGAACAGGCCAAGCACAAGAAGAAAGAGGAGGAAGAAGAUAUCUGGAUGCCAGUGGAUCCCAGUUUGGAUAGCUGGGCCCUGGGGAUCCUCACAUACUGCCUGCUCACCAGUUGUUUCCCCUGGGAGGAGAGCACAUCCGAUGAUCCAGGUUACCGCCAAUUCUGUAACUGGUUUAACAAUGUUAAAGAAAAGGAGGAGAGGGAAAUGGGACAGAACGUGCCAAUGAACCGCAAGAAGAGAGGAAGGGACAUUGGAGAGGAGCAGGCAGCGCUGGCCGUACCUUCUCAGUUUGAAUCUUUAAGCACUUUAGCUCUCACUUUGCUCAGGAGACUGCUGCACCCACUGCCCUGGCACCGCGCCACGCCUGAUGAGGUCCUCUCCUACCUCGGGGGACCCUGGCUUUUGAAAACAGAGAAAGAAGAAAAGAGGAGACAGCAGGAGGCACAGGAGGAAGCCAGGAAGAUACUAGGAGGAGGAGGAAUGGAAGAAGAUAUAGAGAGGGAAAGGAAAAGAGAGAGAUAGAACGAGGGAAACUGCUGUCCAAAAAUAUAUAUAAUACUGAUGAGUAUUUAUAUUUUGGAAUAUAGUGUAUAAAGUAAUGUCAUCAUAAUGUGGUGUGACUGUUAUGUAUAAGUGUGAGCCAUGCUGAUAUAUGAAUAUAUGUAUAAUGAUAUAAAAAACAUGAAUAUACAUUAUAGUCAGAUGGUUUAUGGAAAUGUACUCUGCAGAGUUGCCAUAGCUAUGUACUAAUUCAGAUAAUUUUACUGAUUGUAUGCAGUAACACUUUUACAUAUAGUUUUACAAAGUAAAUACAUUGGGUCAAAUAAAUGUAGGUCAUCCAUUUCCGUAAAAAACUGAGUAAAAUCAACACUUUGCAUUUUAAAGCAGAACAGAUGAAAAAUAUUUUUAUAUGACUAUGUUGACUUUUGGAUGUUAUAUGAUGUUCAAAAAAUGUAUAGCCUCAUGCAUGCUGAAAUUGCACAAGCGUGUUUAGCUGGAACUAUAAUUUGCAAAGCAGCUGACGGAUAAACCAACUUUCAUGCACACCAGCUAAACAAUAAAAAUAUGACUAUGGCAGGAAGCAUAAUUGGCAGACUGGCCUGGUGUUAAUAGUAAGGAAUUUACAAGCUUGUUUAACAUGCAAACUGACUCUAAUAAGGUUCCUACUGUAGACACCAUUGCUGAGUGCAGCUAAUCUAGAAUUACAGGAACAAUCAAAGACUAUGUCUAUUUUUAACUAUGGAAUUUUAAGAUACCUGAGAAUUUUGAGAUAGCUAGUAUUUUUUUUUUUUACUAGAGAUUUAAUGUGCAAUAUUUUCCUACUUCUCAAAUAAGCUUGUAUUGAAAAAUCUGUUUAAUUCUGUGUUAUUAAAUCUGUUUGUUACUAAAUGUUUGAUGUAUGGAGUGCAACUUCAUUUAUGUCUACAAUGUCUGAGGUGAAAUAUUCUAAUAAAAGAUUUUUCUAAUUA